AUGUGCAUCGAGCAAAUACACCUCCCUUCGCUACAAAUUGGUCGUCUUGGAGAACGCGGGAGUUUAUCUGGGUGCAUGCGGGCCUGGAAAUCACAACGCAUGCGCCUAAUCGAGCAAACAUGGUUGUCGCAGCGAGCAUGGGCGCAAAGUCAGUUUGACCACGACAACAUGGAUUCAAGAUUGUCGUCGUACUCGUGUGGCGCCUUGCACGUUCACUCUCGCUUAGCGCAGCGCCUCUCGUUGGCCAUCUUCAUGAGCACCGUCGUUCAACGCAUCUUCGUUCACCCGCGAGGCGUAGCGCGUCUCUGCAGACUUGACUUCGCUGUUCGUGGCCACCUUAUUCGGCGUCCGCAUUCGAGCAAAAGGGCAGCUAAUUCUUCGCUCCCGCCAACAACACGCCCAAUUGCGCGAAAGAAUGAUGGUGAAUUCACAUGUAUGGCUACACCCAUGAUUUUGCUGCCCGAGGCGUGCAAAAUGCUGUUUACUCGCACUUGCGACGACGGUGCUUGUUCUGUGGGAGGUCGUCAUUGUGGGGAAUGCGGAUCUGGGCAUGCAUACUUCAACAACGAUGUCCCGAUCGGCUCAUUCAAGACUACCUGGACUGUCCCACCCGCACCAGCUGCAAACCACGGUCAAACGAUCUUCCUGUUCAACAGCAUUGAACCGGGAAGCUUUGACGGCAUCAUGCAACCCGUUUUACAGUGGGGACGGAGCGCAGCUGGCGGUGGCCCGCAAUGGAUGCUUGCUUCAUGGUACCUCUACCCCGGCGGGACAUUCUUUUCGCCUCUGGUCGGUGUUUCUGUCGGCCAAAGACUGCAGGGUGAAGUCCGGCUCGUUGGCGCGUCUGGCGGGACCUUCAACUACCUCUCCUCCUUCACCAAUGUUGGCGGCACGGGACUCGAGGUCGAUGGUGGCCCAGAGCUGAAAUGGGCUACGCUCACCCUCGAGUCGUAUGGCGUCACCACCCGCGACGACUACCCGGCGGGCUCGACGGUGUUCUCGGCCACCAACCUGCAGCUGACUAACGGCGGAUUCCCGAAUAUCAACUGGGCCACUGUCAGCGACACCGCUGAUGGUAUUACCACCACGGUACAAACCCAGGGCUCGACGGCGGCUGUUGUUACAAUUACUUACUAG